AUGGCGCGUUCCGUGGCGUUCUUACAAGUCUUGCUCCUGGUGCUGGUGCCGUCCGCAUUCGCUGGACACGAUUACGCGAAUGCUCUGAGUAAGGGCAUUCUGUUCUUCGAGGCGCAGAGAUCUGGGUACCUCCCUUCGGACCAGAGGGUCAAAUGGAGAUCUCAUUCUGGCUUGCAUGAUGGGAAGGCGAGCGGGGUAAUCCUCUCAUCUUCGUCCUUGAGAAUUCCUAUUUUCCAGCUUCCUCGUCGCAAUGCGGGAUUUCAACCUGAGAUGAAAUGUUUUUUCCGUCCACCACUCAUUUCCAUUGCUGAGUAUUCCACUUAUCUUGAGUGUUUAAGCUCGGGACUGCACUUUGUUCUCAAGAUUUCGCCCGUAGUCCUCGGCUUCUUCUUCUUCUGCAAGGCUAGAUUCUACGAAGAAGGCAUGCAUACUAGGGAAAGCAACGCUGCUGUUUCCUCCCACUGGAGUCUCUGUCCCAUCAUCCCGUCCCUUUCUUCAUUUCUGGUCUCCGUCGUUGAACCAAAGAGGAGGUCAAACGGGCGUUAGAAACCAGUGACCUCAACUUUCCCUUUUCCCUCUCAUUUUAUUACCCGCGGGCCUUCUGGUUCGUCAACCUUAUUCCCUUUCUUUUGACUUUAUACUCUGCUUUGUCUACCACCUUUCGUUCGGCGGGUUCUUUUCGGCCCCAUCCGCCUACCCCGCUUCGGGUCAUCUAUUCGCCGGAUCUCACGACCUUGCGCUUGAUUAUUCGUUCUUCUGGAUCAAAGCUGAGCAUUCCAAUAUAUUAUACGCUGCAUUCCAAUUUUCUUUUUCGUUUUUUACUGUUUAUUUGCCCAUGUAUCCAUAUAUUAUACGCAGACACGGAACAUACUUUUAAAUGAGAGUAUAAUCAUAAUUUUGCGCCGCCGAACUGCCACAGGUUGAUCUUGUCGGAGGCUACUACGAUGCCGGAGAUAACGUAAAAUUUGGGUUGCCUAUGGCCUUCACCGUCACCAUGAUGUCGUGGGGCAUUUCGGAGUACGGCAAGCAGAUGGCCAGCACUGGGGAGCUCGGCCACGCCAUGAAAGCCGUGAAAUGGGGGACCGACUACCUCAUGAAGGCCCAUCCGCAGCCCAACGUUCUGUACGGCGAGGUAUUUGCCUUUUUGCUCCAACUUCCCACCUCCUAACUUCCUCUGUGCGGAGCACCGAAGUCAUUUCUCCAUGUUCCUGCAUGAUCCCCGUGUUGUUCUGUAGAACCCUCUUAAAUGCACUCACGUCUGUAGCUCGGAUGCCUCCGCUUUUUAUCCUCUCUUUUUCUGUUCAUCCCUUACGCGAGGAUAAGGGUGAUACAGAAGUUUUCACAUCUGGUAGAGAGCCGAGACAAGAAACUGCGGCUGUUUUUACUUAUUUCUCAUUCUUAUAUCCGAUGAGAGGGGGCUACGUGCCGAACACCACAUUUAUUUGAUGGUGAUACAUUUUCAGCAAGCAAUUCUCUCUGAAAAUAACAGUCAAGUAUUUUCCGGCCAAUCCUGUCAAUCCUGGUAUGUCCUCAUAGGGUCUUGAUCUCGUGGAAAGUCUGACUCGACCCCGGCCAAUCCUGUCGUCGCCCUGUCGGAUCCUCUGUUUUACCCUGUUUUUCCUCGCUCCAUCAAUUUUCCGGAUGAACGAUCGAUGGACCUCGUGAUGAAGCGAUUUGUUCAGAUCCUUUCUCUGCCUCACCCUGACACGGUUUUGUGAUCUUUUUUACUCUAAAAUCCCCCGAUGCAGAUCCUGAUGAACUGUAUAGUAUCCCUUCUUUUCUUCAGUCCGUCCGACAUUCUAUCGACUGGAUGCUUAGCAUCAACCUUGUGAGACUGCUAACUCUGCUGCCGUGCGUCGCAGGUUGGCGAUGGCAACUCAGAUCACUACUGCUGGCAGCGGCCAGAGGAUAUGACGACUCCCCGCACGGCGUACCGCGUCGAUGUCAACAACCCCGGGUCAGACCUCGCCGGCGAGACGGCGGCGGCCAUGGCCUCUGCUUCCAUCGUUUUCCGUCACUCCGACCCCGCUUACUCGAACGAGCUCCUUCGCCACGCCAAGCAGGUCUGCUCCACACCCCCCACCCCCUCCCCUUCAUCAAAGCACUGUCGUCGCCGUUUUCUCCUCGCCACUGGUCGUUCACACGCUGGCUCCACCACCCGGCGACGGUCAAGUCGGUCGCUUUCUCGAAUUCUUCCAUCACCUUCUGCCCGUCAUUAAUGUCGUCGUCUGGGGGGACGAACAUGGGGCCUGUGCUUCUCCUCGUGGGUGGGGGGUCCUCCGCCGUCAAUGGCGGAUAGGGGCGGUGCAGAGCAGAUCCUCCGGCCUUGGCAGAGACUCUUCAGAUCACGUCAGUCGGCGGCCGGCGCAUCUGUCUUUUAGUCCUUUUCCGUCCUUUCAAAUUACCAUUAGCCCCUCUGUUGGUUUUAAAUCGUAAAUAUUAGCGCAUAAUAAUAAUAAUAAUAAUUUGUUGUUUUAUUAUUUUUUCUUUGUUAUGCCUCUUCUACCCAUUCGCAGCUGUUCCAAUUUGCGGACAAGUACAGGGGCAAGUACGACAGCAGCAUAAGGGUGGCCCAAAAGUACUACAGAUCCUACAGUGGAUAUGAUGUAAGCUCAUCGAAUCUGACGGUCCAAACUCGAAUGGAGCUAUUGAUGCGUGCCUAGCGCGACUGACGAGGCCGACUUGUGCUGCAGGACGAGCUGCUGUGGGCGGCGGCGUGGAUGUACCAGGCGACCAACGACCAGUACUACCUGGACUACCUCGGCGAGAACGGCGACGCCAUGGGGGGCACCGGAUGGGCCAUGGGCGAGUUCGGCUGGGACGUGAAAUACGUCGGCGCCCAGCUCCUGGUUUCCAAGGUAAGCCCCCUUCCCUCCCCUCACUGGUCAAUUCAUUGACUUGCCAUGAGAGGAGUUAACCCACUUCGUCUGAUCUUUAAAACUCUUCUUCCUGUCAGUUCUUGCUGCAGGGGAAGGCUGGAAAGCAUGCGGCAGUUUUUGAGCGCUACCAGCAGAAGGCGGAGUACUUCAUGUGCGCCUGCUUGGGGAAGGGGAGCCGCAAUGUGCGGAGAACGCCCGGCGGGCUGCUGUUCCGCCAGAGGUGGAAUAAUCUUCAGUUCGUCUCCACCGCCGCCUUCUCCCUCACUGUCUACUCCGACUACCUGACCUCUGCCGGUAAGAACCUACGGUGCAGCGGCGGGACCGCCGCUCCGGCGGAGCUGCUCUCCUUCGCCAAGUCGCAGGUGGACUACAUCCUCGGGGACAACCCCAGGGCCACCAGCUACAUGGUGGGCUACGGGAGCACUUUCCCGCAGCAGGUCCACCACCGGGCCUCCUCCAUCGUGUCUAUCAAGGUCAACCCUUCCUUCGUCAGCUGCCGCGGCGGGUACGACACCUGGUACGGCCGCAAGGGCAGCGACCCGAACCUCCUCGUUGGGGCCAUCGUCGGCGGGCCAGACGCCUACGACAACUUUGCCGACGAGAGAGACAACUUCGAGCAGACGGAGCCCGCGACCUACAACAACGCCCCCCUGAUCGGUGUUCUGGCCCGCCUUCACGGUGGGAACGCGGGCUACAACCAGCUUCUUCCUGGUAAGUUCUUCGCUCAAAUCGUUGCUCCUUCCCGUUUAAUUUUUACUGGGUGGGUAUCGAGGAAUUUCUCUAUGCUGAUCGUUCGCGGAAUCUGUUCGCAGUGA